AUUUUUUGAGAAACAAGUACAGUUUGGCAAUGCUGCGUGAAGUGCAAUAGCAACUUUGACAGUUGGAGUACUUCACGUGUGAAGUGCAAUAGGCGCGACCAUUGUAGAAAGGUAGAAAGCAUGCCAAAAGUCCGAAACCCUCAUAGCUUGUUAUAAACAAGAAAAUGUUAAAUCCGGUAAGACGUGAGCUGAAAGCAAGCGAUUACCUAACGGAAUUUGCACCUUUCCCGAACGCACGAGUUCGAAACGUUCUCAAGGAUUUCUGUUUUGUAGGAAAUAUUAGCGACGUGGAUGAAGUGACUAAGGUUCUUUUAUUGGGUUGUGGUGAUCUAAGAAAUACCUUUCAAGCAACAACUUCCAAGAAUCCUCAAAAUUUAGAGAUUCAUCUCAACGAUUUUCAUCCUUCUGUCUUGGCUCGAAAUAUCAUAAUUUUGAAAAUUGUGUCAGCAAGUGAUUUCAAUCCUGACAAUGAUGAAGAUUUUGGUUUUCUGUGGGAUGUGUGGUACAAUAUGGAUUGGCCAGAAGAAACCAGGAAGAGGUUUCUUUUUGUUGUGAAGGAGUUGACGAAUGAGAAAUUACCAGAUAACGUCUCAAUUCCAAACAAAAGUCACCUUGAUAAAUUGAAGAGUUUGUGGAGUAACUGGCAUUCUGUUUCCUCUAAAAACAAAACCAAUUCUGAAUCACUCUUGAAAAAAGUCUGGGGACAAAGGAAUCAGUGCUUGUUGGACUUGUGGGAUAUCUUAUAUCCAGGACUUUUACAAGAGAAAGCAAAACUAAGCAAUGCUGAUCUCUUCACGGCCUCACUAAAUGAACUGGCUAAGCUUUUUCUAAAUCGUGAAUAUUUCAUAGGAUUGGCUCCUUUUGUUAAAAAAAAGAUAAACGUUGAAGUGCUCGAAUGCUACAGAUACGGCAGCAGUCGCCGUCAAAAUGACGAAAAACCAGUGUGCGUCAACCCAACUUUGCUGAAUCCCGAGACCCAUGAUUGGAAAAUCCUCUGCUUAUCAACUCCGUUUGAAGGUUAUCUGCCAAUGGCAAAAGGAGAGCUUAUUACUUCAGUUGAAGAAAUCAUGACCCACUCCUGCUCCGAAAUACUCAAGAGAUUGGUGUCUUCCUAUCGCAGCCGGAUUCCAACAGUCAAAAUCUUUUUCCACUUAGAAGAAGCAGUGGAAUUCUGCUAUUCAGACGCAAACAAGUUUGACGUCAUCGACUGCUCUGAUUUCGUGAGUCAUGUUGGGUUAGCCAAUUUAGUUGUUGCAUGCUGCCAAAAGUUGUCGGAUAACCCGAAUGCAGUGUUUUAUACCAAAAUAAUAACUGACCGUCAUCAUUCGAUCAACAAUAUCGUCGAGACAUCCCUUUGUGCUUUAUUGAGUAUGAUUCCCACCAUUUACGGGUUAAGAUUGGCUGACCAUGUUGAAUUAAGGGAUUCUGCCGUAGAUUACUUGCGUACCCUUCGAAUAAGACACCCAGUGAUUCUCUGCUGGCAAAAAGUACCAAACUUUCAGAACAUAAAAUUGGUCCCUUCACCUGAUUUAAAUCGAUGCCUAACAAAGUUGGCCAAAAUUUGUCAUCAAACAAAAUUACCAAACCCAUCCAUAACCCGAUCUACGGUGGACAAAUGUAGAAGAGGUGAAGGUUUCUACACUCCUCUAACAUUCCACUACAUUUUGGAUUCAAUGAUAAAGCGACUAAGACAUGAUUGUUGGUUACCAGAUAUACGUCAGCUUGAAAUUGCUCCCCAAUUCAGACUGGCAAGAAGAGUUCUGGAGGAUUGGAAGAACGGGAAGAAAAUGAAGAGAUUUUCAGCUGGUGUUAUUUACGAAGUGAAUUCUACUGCCAUCAAAGAACGUACCCGUACACUUCGGCUAGUUGUUGUCCCUCCUGACUUACCCGAUGAACAUCGUGACUUAGCCGCUAUUCAGUAUAUCGACAAUUUUGAACUUGAAUUCAAUCAUACUUCAAAAGGAGUAGCAGUGAAGACGGUGUCGUUUUUACUGCCUAGCGAUCAUGGUUUUGAUGAAACGUACAUUGCGAUUGUAAUCGAUGCUUUCCACGGAAUCACUAUUCAGCCACUACUAUUCUUAGAGUCUUUUAAAUCAAUGCGGGUAGAGGAAUAUCUUCCGAUUGUGCAAAACAAAUCUCAACUUCCGCUGGAUCCUAAAAAUAAAAUGUACAUGAAGGUCGAAAGUUGUAUUGAGUCAGAAGAACAGUACACCCUUAGGAUUGCCAUUGAAUGUGAUGGAAACGUUUCAGGAUUGAAGAUAUCCACUAGCGAGAAGGCCCCCUGCCAAUCCUGCCAUGACGUCACAGUUUCAGCGACUCAACCCAGGAUAAUCAAACCGUUAUCGCUCACAUUUCCUUUUCCGAUCCUUGCGAAAAAUGUUCAAGCAACGCUCCAUCCAAAAAGUCGACAUGUCGAUUUGUUGUUGAAGAAAUCCCUGCUGGAGCCCUGGCCGUGCGAGUUUCACUCCAAAAAGUAUAAAUGGAUAAUUGGCGAUUUAGUUCCCUGGAAAAACGAGCCACUCACCUCUGAAGAUGGAUUCAAGAAUGUGGAACACCAUCUGAGAAGUCAAUUUGUAUCAAAGGAAAUUAGUUUUGCCCAUUUUCGUGAUUCAAAGUGUUCUGCUUCGGAUAAAUUGCGUUUCAAGCUUGGAGUAUUGAUGGCCAGUGAUGCUGAAUUUGUCAGUUACGGUCGAAAUGACGAUCGGUACCUACUGAAACUCCAUCGGCCCCUUCUUACUUCCCCAACGGGAACCCCAAUUUUGCUGAUUACUGCUCUCCAUGUGCUUAAAGAAAAAGAAACGGAGCAGCGUAAGAUUGUUGAGAAAGUUUUUCCACUUGGGACACCCAAGGACAUUAAGAGGAUAAUGGAUGCUGAGACCGACGAAGAAUUUCAAUUGUUUCGUUUUCUCCUGCGUUUGAACUCCACUAGAAUCGUGCCCAGCAAAUGGCAGAAGAAGAAUAUUCCUCUAGGAGGUAGCAGUCCUUGGCUUGCUACUUUCCUUUCGCCUCUCUACCAGGAUUCCGUAUUGACGAAAAGCAUCGAGAUUGAACCAGCUGACGAGAAGUGCUGUGCCGCUUGUAAGAAAAUCCCUGACAAGUUGAAGUUUUGCAGUCGUUGCCGUUCCACUGUUUACUGCGGUGUCGAGUGUCAGCAUUCUCAUUGGCCAAUGCACAAACUCAUUUGCAAGAAAUUGUAAUUUGGUCGAAACUUAUCGCAGCUUAAUCCGUGAGUUAUGAUUAGCCUGAAAUUUAAAAUCAAAACUCGGUUAAUUAUUUGGAUGGCUUUAGUAGUUUAGUUCACGAAAAACUUUUGAAGUCUUGAUGCACAGUUGAAACUUUUUUGUAUUGGAUAAUCAAGAUUACACUUUGUAUUUAAUCAACUUAAAAAAA